UUCCCUCCCUCCCUCCCCGAGAAGAUGGCGGCGCCCUUAGCGCGGCAGCUGGAGGAGCUGCUCAACCCCCGGCCCAGUUUACGCGACCCCGAGGACGACGCGGAGGAAGCUACAGUUGCUAAAGUGAUUGACAAAUUUGAGGAUGAAACUGCAGAUGACAUUUUACCUGUUGGCAAUAUACGGAAAAAAGCUUCAGCGUCUCUCUUGGAAGCUGAUAAAAGGUACAGUGGAAAAGCUACAUCUCGUAAAGCCUUGCAAGAAGAACUCUGGGGAGAUGCUCUGUCUGAAGAAGGAUCUGCUGAAGAAGAAUUAGAUGAGUGGUACAGUGGCAGUGAAGAUGCAGAAGAAAAUGGCAGCUUAGGCGCUAAAACAAAGGAGAAGCCCAGCAGCACUGGCAGUGACCAGGAGGAUGACUCAGAAGAUGAUGAAGAGGCAGAUCUGUCUCCCAAGGCCAAGGCACCAAAGUUCAGUUUCCAGAAUAUUACAGACUUUGAGAGAUUUGCAGAGGGGAUGGAUGAUGUAGGAAGCAGUGAGGAAGAUGAUGAAGAUAAUGCCAGCAUGGAAGAAGGAAGCGAUGAGGAGGAACAUGGGAGUGAAACCCACGACAAUAUAGAGGAAACCAAAGACAGCGAAGGUGAUGGUGGGGUGAUGACAUUCUCAGAAGGACAAGAUGCUGAAGAAGUAGAAAAAGGAAAAGCUGUGAAGAACCAGCUAGCACUGUGGGAUCAACUACUGGAAGGGAGAAUCAAGAUGCAGAAGGCGCUCGUAAUAGUCAACCGGCUUCCACAGCCAGAUACUUACCCAAUCUUCAGAAAGGAAGGCGGACAAGAAUUUGACAAUGCUGUCGAGAACUGUUGUAAAGCCGUGGAGGCAUUGCUGAAGGUAUUAGUGGACCUUCAGGAUGAGCUGCUUUAUCAAUACCCAGGCACGAGGCAUCUGCUAGAUGGAAAGCAAUCAAAAACUGAGAGUGAUGAUGAAAUCCCUAGCAGUAGCGAUGAAGAGAAAGUGGAUAAGGCUCAGGAGAAGAGGAGGAGCCUCCCCAAAAGAAAGCUGAAGAUGGAGGACUACCCAGAAUUCAUAGCCAAGCGGUAUGCUGACUUCAGGGUGUAUCGGAACAAUGUCUUGCAGAAGUGGCACGACAAGACAAAGCUGGCGUCUGGCAAAAUGGGAAAGGGUUUCGGUGCCUUUGAGCGUUCAAUCUUGACUCAGAUUGAUCAUAUUAUGAUGGACAAAGAGAGAUUACUACGGCGGACACAGACCAAGCGAUCAGUUUAUACAGUGCUGGGAAAGCAGGAACAGGAAUCUCAUCCAAUCCCUGAAUCUUUGCCUGAAAAUUCGGAAGUCCUCCCUCAGUCAGAUUCCAACAGGCACCUGAAGGACAUAGAUGAGGAGAUAUUUGAUGAUGAUGACUUUUAUCACCAGCUCCUUCGAGAACUUAUAGAACGUAAAACCACUUCACUGGACCCCAAUGACCAGGUAGCAAUGGGCAGGCAAUGGCUGGCCAUCCAGAAGUUACGAAGCAAAAUAAAGAAGAAAGUGGACAGAAAAGCUAGUAAAGGAAGGAGAAUCCGGUAUCAUGUCCAUAGCAAGCUGGUGAGCUUCAUGGCACCUAUUGACCACUGUACAAUGAAUGAUGAUGCCAGGACGGAGCUAUAUCGUUCGCUGUUUGGAAAAAUCACAAGCUCUGAAGAACCUGAGCAGAAUUAGCACGGGGCCUUCGCGCCAGGAUUGACCAGAAGGCAGGCUCCGCUCCGCACGCCGCCGGCCUGGCCAGUGCUCCGCGGGUACCCCUCCGUGCGCUGGACGCCGCUGCCCCGUCUCCUGACACCUCCUCCUCUGGGCAGCUCCUGGCCCUGCCCUCCUGUGGCCGCCUGAAGCUGCCCGCGAGCCCUGCGCGAGGUCUCUCCAGCUGCUGGUUUGUUGCUAAAAACCUCGCUGAAGGAACAUCAAAUACGGUUACUGCUAAAUCACACAGGCUCAGAAAGGGGAAGGGGGGGUAGACAUGUAGCUUGGCUCAACGCCCUCCCCUCUAGCUUUAACAUGAACUCUGCUUCCUCCCAAAGACGAUCCAUUUUUAACUAUUCUCUUUAAAUUCCUGACCUUGAUUUUGCAAUCUGCUCAGCACGGGCACAGUGUUCUGCUGGGGGGAGGGAGGCACGCUUCAGACCAGCAGGGACCACCACCCCCCUCCGCAAUCAGGUCACCCACGUUUGUAUUAAAUCCUUAGAGGUUUUUAUUGGGGGGAUUGGGAGGGGGGAGGUGUUUAAGUGUGCUGUUCUGGUCGUUGGCUGCCUAUCUGGAAUGUGUGACUUCAUUUUUCAUCGAGUCAAGAGGAUUUAAAUGUCAUUUACAUAAUUAACAUGGCCUUAAAACAGAGAAAGGUGCUCUCCCUUGCAGACAGCCAGCGCUCCCAGCUCACGCUCCCGUGUCUGAAUGAGCGCUCCCCGCACACGGGGACGGUCGCUGGCUGGCGAUGAGCACAACACGGGGCUACCUCGGGACGCUUCUGCAACUACAACUUAUUGGUGAAUUUUUCAGUCCAGCAUCGAUCCUGUACGCUUAAUUAUUUCUCCUGCUCGUGGCUCUGAGCCGUCCUGGCUUCACCGUCACCAUGACACACUGUCCAAAGAUCCCAGCGCGAAUGUGGAACUGAUGGGGGGAGACAAGUCACUUGGGGGGUCUUGUGGGGCUUUUAUAUCCAAAGGGCAGAAGCUGGAAAUUAAAUCCCCGUAAGGGGGGUGUGUGAGCCUGCUGUGAUCAAUCUGAACCGGAGGUUAUCUUGCGUAGAUAAUAUGUGCAUAAAGACGUGUGUAAGAUGGCCAGAGCCUGUGAGCACACGGAUCGCGCUGUCUCUGUUGUGUUUUGCGCGAGCGCAUUAAAAUGCUUUGUAACCCGA